UAAAACUACCUUUAUCGAUGAAACUAACCUAACUCUUAAAGCGCAAACCAAACGAUUAAACAUUUUAAACUUUUUACUUAAAAUAUCCAAUUUCUUCAUUUAAUCGUCACAUAAAAGCCUUUACAGCCGAAAAAAUGGCUGCUGGAUUGGACGCUUUUGUAAAUCAUACUGUAUCAAUUAUUACAUCUGAUGGGCGCAAUUUUAUCGGAACUCUUAAGGGCUUUGAUCAGACAAUAAACAUAAUUUUAGACGAAUCUCACGAACGAGUCUAUUCUAGUACUACAGGAGUCGAACAAGUUAUACUAGGCCUGCAUAUAAUUCGAGGAGAUAACAUUGCAAUCAUUGGUCUUGUAGAUGAAGAAUUGGAUAAUCGAUUGAAUUUGUCCAGCAUAAAAGCAGAACCAUUGAAUUCGGUUGUACAUUAAAUUUGUACAGAAAAAUGUAAAAUAUAAGAUAUAGCAUAGGUGUAUGCAAUUUUAUUGCAAUUAAGUGAAUAAAACAAUUUAAAAAC